UUAAUUCACGGUCAGCCUGCGCUUAAAGUGAGGUCUAAUAUUUAAUGAUAUUUAAACUACUGAAAGGUUAAGGUUGUAAUUUCUGAUUACUGCAUUAAGCAAAAAUUUACUGCAUUUAGCAAACAAAAUUCAAAAAGAUGCAGAAAGAAACGACGGUGAAAUUAGGUCACGCCCAAGGCCCUCCGGCGAGAAGAGACGCCUCCAAAAUGCCAAAAACUUCGCAGAGCGGCUACAAAUCCAAAUCCAAAUCGAAACUGAAAUCUGCUCGCAAGCCGUUACGAGAAGUCGUUAACGGCGUCAAAAUCAAACCCUCAGCGACACUCAAUCAGCCAUCACUAAACAAACACAAAAUUGCAAUUGAUGAUAAUAACCAAGAGGAUGAGUCUUUGGAUCGUCUUCUGCUGAUUCAUUCAGAUCUAUCUUCCCUGCUUCAUCAGAUUGAUGACCUUGUUGGAAAAGCAAUCAGACUCAAAGCAACGAAUAAGAAUGACAUAAAGGAAAUAGAAUCGUUUGCACACGUCUUGUCUGAGAUGCAAAACUCAUUAAAGCCAUGGGUGCCUAGAUUCCAGCAAUCUAUUUCAAGUUCUUCCUUGGAGUCUAAUAAUCAGUUGGAAAAGUCACUCGCUGGCAAGACGGUUGAUGCUGCUGUGGAUGAUGUUGUUGGGAGCCCAGCUCAAAGUAACUGGGAUUUACUAGUUUCUCCUUCUCCCCUUGUGUCUUGGCGUGCUGGCUGCACUAAUGAGGCUAGCAGACAAUUAUUUUUGCUUACACCUCUUCCUAAGGGUGCAAUUUCCAAACUCCGGGGACCAUCCAAGCCUGCAACAGAAAAUUCAAGAAGUAAUACGAAUGCCAAUGUUAGAGCUGCUCCCCCAACACACUUUGUUAUUUCAAAAGAUACGAAAAAUGAUUUGGUUGAAGGUGUGACUGCAAAGUCAACUCCAUAUCAAGUUCCUGAUUGCAGUGUGAUUUGUACUGAAACUACUAUAAAAGGCAAGUUCAAGUCUCCGGAAAAGCAUUCAAAGAUAGGUUGCUCUGUGGUUGCUAUGACUCCUUGUCGGGAAGUAUCACCUCCCAAGUCCUGUAAAUUGCUUGAACCUAUUUCUGAGUUCACUAACAAAAAGGUUCGUGGAGCUCGUGCAUCGACCCCGUUUCCCACUGGACUUCGUAAGUUCUCUGAUUCUGAUGAUGAUCCUGAUUCCUCAAGUGGUGAAGCUCCUGGGCAUCUAAUAUCAAAAUAUCCAGAGCUUGUUGGGAUUAAACUAGCUCAUCAAUUUGGAAAUGGAAGGAAACUCGUUGAAGCAUCACCGGUGUGGUGCAUGUCGCCUCCUAAAACAUGCAUUGUGAUGGAGCCACCAGAGGGCAAGACGCUAAGUACCACUACCAGUUUGGAGUUUCCAACAACAACAUAUUCCCCAUGUGGAAAAACAAAGAAAGAAUUUGAAUACCAUGGCCUUAAUGAUGGUUUGGCAGCGACUGAAGAUACUCCCUUGUGUAAGUUGCCUGGAAGCAUAAUUCGAACUGGAAAGCGCCCUGGUGAAAACACUCUAAAGAGGGAGUUAUGGACAAAGUUUGAAGCAGCAACUACGAGUGGACAUCGGUUCGGUGAACCUCUUUGCCAAGAUGCUGCCAAUAAAGGAUUUCUUGAUCUCUUAGAAGAGGUCUCUUCUGGCGAAGAGACAGAUGCAGCAGCACAAUUUAUUAGAUGAUGUUACAAUCACCUAAAGUCUAGUAUCACAUUGCCAUUUUGUCACAUAAUACUGUGUACUAUGACAUUCAUAGAAGUAUCGGAUAUUUGAAUCUACUCGCAAAGUUUUAAUUACAAGUUAUGGAUA